UGCCACGUAUUGUCCUUGGUUUAGGAUAAUCAUCUGGAUUCUGUUUACACUGUCGUUUAGAUUAAGCAACGUCCAAAUAUUUUUCUGACAAACACUGACGACUUCCAGAUUUUUCUCUUCUCCGACACUGCAUUGCCCUGCCUCCCCCACCCAUCUCUCUCUCUCCGUCUCCCUCUCCUUCCCUUUUCCCGUCACCGAAUAACGUUCGGAAACUGACUUCCUAUGACCAUGAAGCAGAAACGGGCUGUGUGACUACUGGGGCGAGUGUUCUGCCCUACGCACACCGCGAUGCAAAUUAAAUGUCGACCGCGCCAUGUCACGUUAUAGCUGUUUCAAUGGAUCUAUCAGCAUAACAUCUGGAAAGAGGAAUACAGUCGAUUGGAAUAUCAGAUUUAUAACGGUUCGUUAUUCAAACAAUCAGAGCCAUGCUCGGCACAUGGAAAGAGAAAAGGAAGUGAAAACAGCUGAGGAAAAGAGAAGUUAAAAGACAAGGAGGUUUAGAAAAUAAGUAAUCACUGUCCAUUAUCCCUGGCUUGGAAGUUGAAGAAGCCUUUGCAGAAGAUCUCUUUCUGUCUCUCUCUGUAGAUUGUGUAUGAUGGUGUGAUGGUGUUGGAGGGGGAGUGUCGAGUUGUGUUUGAGCAAAGCCAGGCUGUAGUUCCAAGGAGACAGGGGGAAGGAAGGAGGCUGUCUCCCCAGCGCUUGCUGCUAUCACUCGGUCCAUCUAUAAUGAUAGUAGCAGGUUUCCUGAUUUUCCUGAGUCUGGAAGGUCCACUCCUUUGGCUGGGGGUGAUGAUGGCAGUUACUGGAGCAACGCUGUCAAUAGCAGGACUCUGUAUUUUCAUGACAACGCUAAAGGUGUCAGAUGUACCGGGACACUUCCUGUUACACCCCCGCACAGGGACACGCUACAGCCCACACCAGGCUCUGGCCAUCCAGAGGAGGUUGGACCGGAUACGCAGGGAGAUGUCGGAGAAUUCCCGCGUGCCGCCCACUCCACCCCUCCCCUUGCCCCCCACCCCCCCUCCCUGGGACCUGGAGGCUCCACCCUCCUACGACUCUGUCAUGAAGAGCCAGGGACCCUCUGACCUCUAAGGACUACGAGAACACUAUACAGUUCAGUCUGAGCUGAACAGUAAAUCAAGGACAGCCGUUCUGGGAGUGACCUUGUUCUGGAGCGGAGUAGCAGUAGCACAGAGGGUGGAAGGGAUUUGGCCCACCAACGUUGUUUACAUGUAAACAUGACAGCUUUACAUACUUUUUUGACGAAUGACAAGUCUGUUAUAAUGCUUUUAUUAAGACUACUGAAGCGUAACAUACUGCGCUCCUGUGAUUUAUAAAAAAUACUUUUUGGAACUUGUUGUUGCUGUCUCUUUUCAAGACAGUCCAGUUGCCAUAUAUUUUGUCUUUUUAGCGGUUUGUGCUCCAUCAGUCAGGUGAGCCCAGUAUAAGCCUUCACUACACAGCAGCACCCAGACUUUACUACCAGACUCAAUGGAGAACGUGGCCUUAAAACCACUCUUACUUUCUUGUGGCCUUAGAUUCCAUUGUAUGUGCUGUGACUUUUGGGGGAGUCUUUUUUGUCCUUCCCCAAUGUAAGUGUAUGUAAAUGUGCAUGCACGCUUGUGGUCAUGAGCACCACUGAUUCUCUCUGUUCGUACUUUGAUUUGUUCAGUAGGGACUCUGAACUGUCAUUACAUCAUAACAGACAGAUGGUCCCAACCAGAAGUGCCUUGUUGUAUCAGCGCUUAGACGCUUGUUGUCCAAGCACAGUAUUGUUCACUGUAUUCUCUGGCACAUUGCAGGCUUCCACUGUUCCGGUUGUAUUGUGAUGUCCUGAUCAACUGUAGUAAAUGAAUAGC